UCCCGAUCCCGAUCCCGGUGCCGGUCCCGGUGCCGCCGCCAUGAGCGCUCCGGGGUCACCGGGCCGCGGUUUGGGGUUCGCGGAGAGGCAGCUCCGGCGCCACGGCUGGAGGCGAGGGCAGGGGCUGGGCCGGCAGGAGCACGGCAUCGCUGAGCCCAUCCGGGUGAAGGUGAAGUGCGGCACGGCCGGGGUGGGACACGACGCAUCCGAGCCCUUCUCCUUCCAUUGGUGGGACCACGUCUUCAACCAGGCGGCCGCCAACAUCGCAGUGGAGGCCGGGCAGGACGGCAUCUCCGUGAAGGCGCUUUCCGAGCAGGGGGUCAGGAUCAGCAAUAGGAAGCCCCACAAGGCCAGCGGCACCCCCAGCUUGUUGUACGGCCGCUUCGUGAAGUCGGCCACGCUCACAGCGCACGGCGAGGAGCCCACAGGCUCCAUGAGCAGCGAGGAGGAGGAGGAGGAGGAAGAGCUGGACCUGUCCUCAGCCAGGAGGCUGACGGAUGAGGAGCUGAUGCGAGUGUGCGGGGGCCGCACAGCACACAAGGGUGCCCGGCACGGCCUGACGAUGAGCGCCAAGCUGGCGCGCCUGGAGGAGCAGGAACGAGCCUUCCUGGCCACGUACGGACACAAGGAGCCCAACAGGAGGCAGGGGAAGAAGGGGAAAAGGGAAGAGCGCAGGGAUGGAGCCAGUGCCCAGGUGCUGCAGAGGCAGGAGCCGAGCGAGGAGGAGGAGGGAGAUGAGAGAAAGGCCGCAAAGAGGAAGAAGAAGAAGCACCAGGAGCCAGAUGGAGAAGAGGAGGUGGCAGGAGAGGAAGGGAAGGCUGCAAGGAGGAGGAAGAAGAAGAAGAAGAAGCAGGAGGAGGAAGAGGAGCCAAUUGAGAACAAAGAACCAAUUGUGAUGGAGAAGAAGAAGAGGAAGAAGCAGGAGAAGGAGAAUGAAGAAGAGCGAGUUGUGAUGGAGAAGAAGAAAAGGAAGAGGCAGGAGAACAAAGAAGAACCAGUUGUGAUGGAGAAGAAGAAGCAGAAGGAGAACAAGGGAGAGCCAAUUGUGAUGGAGAAGAAAAGGAAGAAGAAGCAGAAGGAGAACAAAGAGCCAACUGUGAUGGAGAAGAAGCAGCAGCAGCAGCAUCAGGACAGAGAAGAGCCAGCUGAGGGAUUGAUGCCUCUGGAAGACACAGAUGGGCCAGACCAAGCCAGACACAGCCCCAGGAAGAAGAAGAAGAGGAGGAGGAGGAAGGACCCAGAGUGAGCAAGGGCCCUGUGGCUGGUUCCAUCUGCCUGCACGGGUCCCAGUUCCUGUCCUUGGUGCCCAAGGAUGCUCUGGGCUCUUUGUGGCCUGGCCGAGUGCUCAUCCCUGCCUGGGGAUGCUGGGCUGGGACUGCUUGGGCUGGAGCUGGAUUGAGCUUUACUUCCAUCAGGAAGCACCCUCCAAGCAGGGACCCCUUUGCUGUGGGGCU